UUAAAUUGUUGUCAAUUCUCAAAAUUAACGGCUAGUUUUAAUCGUACCAUAAUAUACAACAGUAAUAGACAAAAGGAUGGUGAAUGAUUUUGGUUAAUUUUAAUAAACACUCAUGAGAGGGUAUCAAUUUCAUGGAUGUAAUCAUUAGAAUCAGUACAAAGGACCCAAUUGCUCAAAAAGGUGCUAACAGAGGCAGACAGCCAAUACCCUUCCCAUUUCCAAUCUUUUCAACUCAAAUGACUACAAUCUGCAAGAAAGUAUAUAUAUAGAUAUAUACGACCACUCUCCUUCUAUCUCAUCUCUCAAAAAGAGAGCUUCGAAAGGUUGAUGAUGAUGAUGAUGGGUUUUGGUCUAAUUCAAGAAGCUUUCUUUUCUACUUGUAGUAAUAGUACCAGUGUUACUAUAGUACUCGCUUUAGUUUUCACAGCUUUGGCAAUAGUAUUGGGCUACUUGUAUAAGCCGUUCUGGGGUGUUAGGAGGGUACCAGGCCCUCCAUCAGUCCCACUUUUAGGACAUCUUCCCUUGCUUGCUAAGUAUGGUCCUGAUGUUUUCUCUGUUCUUGCUAAACAAUAUGGUCCCAUUUUCAGAUUUCAUAUGGGAAGACAACCAUUAAUAAUAGUAGCAGAUCCAGAGCUUUGUAAAGAAGUUGGAAUAAAAAAAUUCAAAGACAUUUCAAACAGAAGCAUUCCCUCUCCUAUCGCAGCUUCUCCUCUUCAUAAAAAAGGUCUCUUCUUCACCAGGGAUUCCAGAUGGUCAACCAUGCGAAAUACUAUAUUAUCAGUUUACCAGCCAUCACACUUGGCCAGCCUAGUGCCCACUAUGCAAUCAUUCAUCGAGUCUGCAACUGCUAAUUUCCAGUCCUCUAAGGAUGAAGACAUUACUUUCUCCAAUCUCUCUCUCAAACUGGCCACAGAUGUUAUAGGACAAGCUGCAUUUGGAGUUGAUUUUGGCCUCUCUAAGCCUCAGUCAACCACUGAUUCAGCCAACACUUUUCGUAACCAAGAGAAUGGGAAAGAAGUCUCAGACUUCAUCAAUCAACAUGUCUACUCAACAACUCAACUUAAGAUGGACUUAUCAGGUUCCUUUUCUAUUAUAAUUGGCCUUCUUAUCCCUAUUCUGCAAGAGCCCUUUAGGCAGAUUCUAAAGCGAAUUCCUGGAACUAUGGACUGGAAAGUGGAUAGGACUAACAAGAAUAUAAGUGGUAAGUUGGAUGAGAUUGUUACUAAGAGAAUGAAGGACAAAAACCGAGGUUCAAAGGACUUCUUAUCACUAAUACUAAGUGCAAGGGAGUCUGAGACUCUGUCCAAAAAUGUUUUCUCUCCGGAUUACAUCAGUGCAGUUACCUAUGAGCACCUUCUUGCUGGGUCAGCCACAACGGCAUUCACAUUGUCUUCUAUCGUUUAUUUAGUUGCUGGACAUCCAGAAGUUGAGAAAAAGUUACUUGCAGAAAUUGAUGUGUUUGGCCCACCUGAUCAGACGCCAACGUCCCAGGAUCUUCAAACUAGGUUUCCCUAUCUUGACCAGGUUAUCAAAGAGGCCAUGAGAUUCUAUGUUGUUUCCCCAUUAGUUGCCAGAGAGACAUCAAAAGAAGUAGAGAUAGGAGGUUACCUUCUCCCAAAGGGCACAUGGGUCUGGUUAGCCCUUGGAGUUCUAGCAAAAGAUCCAAAGAACUUCCCAGAGCCGGACAAAUUCAAGCCAGAGAGGUUUGAUCCAAAAUGCGAAGAAGAAAAACAAAGGCAUCCUUAUGCUCUGAUACCAUUUGGAAUAGGGCCAAGAGCUUGCAUAGGCCAAAAAUUUUCCCUACAAGAACUGAAGCUCUCAUUGAUACACCUAUAUCGAAAAUACAUAUUCAGGCAUUCCCCUAACAUGGAAAAACCUCUGGAACUUGAAUACGGCAUUGUUCUCAACUUCAAGCAUGGUGUAAAGCUUAGAGUUAUAAAACGAAAUUGAAGAAUAAUUCAUGUAGUGGCAGGCUGUUCUCUGUAAUGUCUCUGAUGCCAAGCAAUGAACAAUUGGCAUAUGUUUACUUACCAAGUAAUAUCAUGGAAGGAGCAGGCAUAGUUUCACAGAAAA